AUGGAAAUUAACAUGUUCAAUUUUAUUUCAGUUACUUGUUUUAUGCUUUUCACUUUCAUCGCAGCAGAAGCACAGACUUACACAGCUGGUGUGGUUGUGUAUAAACCAGAGGAAUCCAAUGCAGAUGAUACUCCUGAUGUAUUCGUGUCGAAUAACGUAAAAAGCUAUGUGGACAUAAUACAGAAGAAUCAAAAUAAGGUUGAUAUUUUGGUGUUUCCCGAAUACGGUCUAACAGGGGUUAAUGCAAACGAUAAAAUAAAAGAACACUUGCCGGUAAUAAGUACAACAGUGGGAAACAUAAGCGAAUUGGCGUGCCACAAAAAUAAAAUGAAGGAAAAUUUAGUGAAGCUGAGCUGUGCAGCCAAAGAAAACAACGUUUAUGUGGUGGCAAACGUUGUUGAACAAUCGAAUGAUAAUUACUACAUAACCACUGUUGCUUUUGAUACCAAGGGUUACCUCCGAGCAAAAUGUAGAAAACAUCACUUGGUCAACGGAUCCAAUUUCGAAGAAAGUACAAACUACUCGAACUGUUCCUUCACUGCUACAUUUAAAAAGCACGGAUCUGUUCCGUUCACCAUUUUGUUCGGCAAUGAUCUCCUUCGUCCCAUUCCACAAGAAAUUAAAACCGAUAACGUCAUCGUCACGGCAGCCAUUAAGAAUUCUCUUCCUCUAAACAUUGGUUUCAGCGUGUACCAAGGCUUCGCGGUGUCCAACGGAGUGAACGUACUGGCUUCGGGCUAUUACCAAAAAAACGAAAAUCCAGCUUACUAUAACUACGGAGGCUCGGGAAUUUUCCUUAGUAACGGAACCGGCAUAGUUUCGUUUAGUCCUGAUGGCUCCGACAACGUACCAGAUGGAAUGGGUACCGUUAUACAACAAGACAUUCCAAUAGUCAGCUCUCGUUUACCAGUUGUAACAGUCUCGUCUAGAUUUCUUGGAAAAAUGCCGAAGCUAAGUCUCGACUACAUGAAUAUUACUGGUUUGAAUGAUACGAGCAAAAUUGUUAAUCAUUGCGUCGAUUCCAAAGUCUGCUGUAAUUUUUCUGCGGAGUUUGCGGACGAAACAUUGCAGGAGUACAAGUGGAUUGCGUUCUCGAAUAAAACAGUCUUCGCAGGUGAAGAAGUGGAAGUAUUCGUGUGCGCUCUCGCAGUAGAAUCUGCUCUAGUAACGCCUAAAUCGUUUAGAAACGUGACGAUUUCCUCGACUAUCGAAAAACCGAAAAUAAAUCAGAGCAUACCGAUUGCCGUGCAACAGAAUUAUUUGCCUGUAGAUUUCGUAUUCAACAACGACACGAAUCUUAUAACUCUAACCAAAGAGGAGAAUAUUGUGGUGUUUGGAAUAGUGCAUGUAUUGAGCUUGGCCGGUCCUGAAGCCGGCCCGAACGUGUUUCUGAUCGUAAUAAUUACGCUGCUGUGCAUAGCGUUGGUGGUGUUGCUCGUUGGCUAUUUAAUUUGGAGGAAAAGGCAGAGAAAAAACCGGCGAUCGCUCUAA